UAAGAUCAUCAGUGGAUCCGACUUUGAACCCGAAACUUUUACAUCACUGUUGCAUAGAUAAUGCAGGCUUGGAAUUUGCGUGUAAUUUGAGCAUAUAUCUUUGUGGGGUCUUAGAUUUGAGUUCAGAUUCAGCCGUAAAACUCCACUGGGUCCCUUCUUCUUCUUCUUCUACAACUCAAGCCCUGUGAAUGUUUUUGAGGAGAUGCAUUGUGCUUGAUCCCCUAUGCACAUGCGUACCAAGUGUUCACCGAAAUGUCUCAGGUGGAGAAGUUCCUUGAGCUUAUUAUGGUCAGUGAAAGGUCGUUCGAUUUCUUCCAUUAGUUGGUCUUCGCUGGGGAACUAAGGGUGCCUUUAUUGAGGAGGAGUUCAAAUUGCAUGGAAAACAUUGGUUUCCUUCUCGAUGAAUCAUCAUGUCAACUAAAAAUUUUAAGAAGUUUCUCCUGCCAUUUUUUUUUCUCUCGAUUGCCAAGCAGUAAAAGUUCGCAGAGAAGCAAAUGUGGUUCGCGUACUAGGUGGAAGUAAAGGACUUUAGCCUCCUUGGUUCAUGAAGGAGGAUUUCUCAUGUGGAGUAUCGCAAUUCGCAGGAUCGUAGUAUUGGGAGGCCAUAGUGGUUGGAGCUGAGAAGCAGUGGAGUGGAUGGUCCUGUGGUAGAAUGGGAGCUCAUUACGUGGAGAAACUCAAAAGGAUGAUGACUCAGAUAGCCCUUACUCCUAAUGAAUCUUCCUCCUCGCUCUCUAUGUUCCAAAAAUCUUUGAUGCCUAUCCUUUCUGUAGCCUCUUCGAUGUACCAAGUCUCCCUGCUUGUUAGACAGCAACUUUACACAACGGGUGUCUUCAACCAAGCCAGGUUGCCUCUUCCUGUUAUUAGCGUUGGAAAUCUCACAUGGGGGGGAAACGGAAAGACGCCGAUGGUGGAAUUUAUAGCUCGCCACUUUGUUGAAGAUGGCAUUUGUUCUCUCAUCCUCACAAGGGGUUAUGGUGGUGGAGAUGAAGCUAACAUGCUUCAAAGGCAUCUUGUUGGGACUCAUGCUAAGAUUGGCAUAGGAGCAAAUAGAGUUGCCACGGCUUCUAGUUUCUUAAGCAGAUACGGCUAUGUAAAUAAGUUUUCUGCACCCUGCAGAAGGCAAAAGGAUAACAUUGAUCAUGGUGGCAAAAUUGGUGCUGUGAUCUUGGAUGAUGGAAUGCAGCAUUUGAGAUUGGCAAGGAAUCUGGAUAUUCUGAUGAUCAAUGGCAUGAUGCCUUGGGGAAAUGGCCGACUGAUUCCAUGUGGACCUCUUAGAGAGCCUCUUACUGCACUCAGAAGAGUCCACAUUGCAGUGAUUCACAAUGCAAAUAUGGUUCCAGAUAGUCAGCUUGAAAUGAUAGUAUCACAGCUGAUGAAGAUAAAGCAAUCACUUCCCAUUUUCUUUAGCAGAUUGGAUCCUUCUCAUUUUUUCAAUUUGCAGCAACCUUCUCUCAUUUUACCACUAACAACAGUACAGAAUAUGGCUGUAUUAUGCGUUUCUGCUGUUGGGUUUGCAAAUGCCUUUGUGCAAACCAUAAAAAAGUUGGGAGCAUCAUACGUAGAUAGAAUGGAUUUCACAGACCACCAUUCUUUUACAGAUAUGGACAUUCAUUUGAUUACUGAAAAGGUCAAACAAUUGGAACGUCAGUUUGCUGCCAAGCCGCUCGUGGUGGUGACUGAGAAGGAUUAUUAUCGCGACCAACUGGCGCUUACCAAGAUUAACCAAGUGAAUGUUCUAGUUCUUUGCUCAUCAUUGAACAUCAUCGAGCAACAUGGUCAAUCGCAAGAUAGCUUCAUGAGAUUGCUGAGAAGCUUCAUAGACUGCUGAACUUGGUGGAUCAAACCUAUCUCAUUGCAUCCAACUGUUUCUUAUACCUCCAUUGAUAUCACACCUUCGGUUUGAAGAGUAUAAUUUGUGAACAAAGAGUUAGAGAGAGAAAGAGAGAGAGAGAGAGAGAGUGGAAAGCAAAGUUGCUGGAACAAACCAAAAUUUAACAAAUUUUGUGGUGCUUAAGCAUCGGUAAAUGGUUCAUUGGUACAUUGGUACUGAUAUGAUCCACACACUACCGAUAUCAGUGACUCCAGUCUACUCAGUUAUUGACAUGAGUUUGAAUCCAUCUAGUUGGGUCUAGAAAAAAAAUUUGAACCAACUGAUAAUCUAGCUUUCAUUUGUAAUGCAGCUUCGCUUCUAAAUUCAAAUUGAAACCGGAAUUUGACAAGAAUUGACCCUUUCAAGCUUGUCAAACUUGGACCCAUUUUUAAAAACUGCAACUCUGAACCUGAAUCAAAAUUUAGCUAGAAACUGUACGCUGUACGGCCUGGACCCAGCCCGGACCUGAAGUGCUUGCAGACAGACACAGGUUGGUGCAGACUGAAUAUGUUGAUAAUAAUUUCUUAUGGUUUCUUGUAGGUUUUAGUUUGUUUCCUGCUUCCAAAUGGGAAGAGAAGAUUCUAUGAAGUUAUGUAUGGCAAACGAUUCUAUGACAUUUUCAUUGAUGUAUCACAUACAUAAGUGAUACUAGAACCUCUCAAAUUUACAUUGA